GAAAUAGUUCCUGUUUCUCUCAGACACAAGCUCCACUGAAGAACAGAAGCCUUCAGCUCCAAAAGCAAUGAGGUUAGCUUUUGUCUUGUCCUUCCUUACAGGAGCCUACUCUGUAAGUGUAUGGGGACCGGAGAAGGUGAUAAGUCACACCAAAGGAAAUGUAACAGUCCAGUGUAAAUAUGACAAAUCUUACACCAACUCUGUCAAAUACUGGUGCAAAGUCAAUACGCUGCUUCCAUGUUCUAAACUGGUUAGUACCAGUGAAGAUACUCACAGCAGGAUCACUAUCAGAGAUAAUAAAACAGAGGGCGCAUUUUACAUCACUAUGACGGACCUCACCAAGGAUGAUAAGGGGCAAUACGACUGUGGAAUAGAAAGAUCAUUUGCCUUGGAUGAACAAGCCUUGGUGCAUGUUCAAGUCAAUGAAGAUGAUACCAGACCUGAUCUCCAUGAGCCUGUGAGUGUAACUGGCAUGGCAUCCAGCAGUAAAACAACCACAGUCGAUUCUAAAAUGACAACGACAUCCACGGCUCAAGUAGAACCAAUUCCUGCAUCCACAGCUGAAAAGGAGAAUGGGAUUUCAAAACAAAAACAAGAAGGAUCAACAUAUCAUUUGGACCGGCAAAGUCUACAUGCAGACGUGACCAGGGGGUCGCAGGCCAACUCCACGGCUGUAAUGGCGCUGCAGCUGCUUCAAGCCAGCCAUGGAAAACUGCCGCAAAACCUCCUCCAGGUUCCGCAAAUGCUCCGUGUUGCUCCGGCCUGUGAUGAGUACAUCGUCCAGAUAUAUCAGCACAUGUGGCAGGCCUUGGAGAAGAGUCUCCAUUGUUCUCUGAAAAAUUCCCGGGGCGGAGAAUACCCCAAAAGCAAGAUGAUUGUAACGGUAACAUAAGACCAGCUGUGGCAGACAAAGGGGAAAAGCCCCCAGCAGCCAAUGAACCGACGUUACUGCCCCCAGCAGCCAAUGAACCGACCUACGAAGAAGUGACCAAUGACAGACCAAUGAGUGACGACAGUGCGCUGGAGCCGAGUGUCUGUUUGUACUCAGUAGUGAAUUUACAGCAGCGCACACGGACACCUCCUCCAGCGGACCAAGUUCUGUACUCUACUAUCAACACUGCAAGAUAGCCCCUCGACUCUCACUGAACUCCACACACACCAAGAUGUUCUUGUUUUUAUUAUUCACACCUGGGUCAAAUUUAUAUGGGAACGCUCUGACGUUCAGUCAUUCGGAUCUUCACCAAAUGUUGCUCAUCAAAAUGUACACUUGCAUAUGACAUAAUCAUAAUAAGAAUGACAUUUAAUGAAAACUCAAAAUAUAUGAAAAUAGCAUAAAUUGGCAAUGGUCUGUAGGAAUUCUACUGUAAUUUUUUUUCAAAUAAUUUUUCCCUUUAACAAUUCCCUUUUUUUCUCGCAAUGUGGUAGCCAAUUGUACCCUAUCUUAUCCAAUUAGUGUUAGCUGGGGGAUACACCACCCACACCCUGUCCCUCGGCGGCCCGAAGGGAUCUGGUGAUCCGAGAAUAACACGCCUUCUUCAAGCCGUCUCGUCUCAUGCUUGUGACCGUGAUUCUGAGGCGAACGGGGUGCUGUUAUGGUAAUGGAGAUCCGCUAACCCUGCCAAGUCCCUCCCUCUGGAGCAGCGAGCCAAUUAUGCCACCACGCCACCACCAUGUAAAAACUGUUGUUUCAACAUUUCUAAAGAUGAAACAGUGCACAAUUAUUAAUAGUGACACCUAUAUACUGCAGCCUGUCUCUCACUGCCUCUCUCUCGUUCCUGCCUGCAGAACUGCUGCUCACUGGAUUUUUUUAGUUUUUUGCACCAUUCUUUACACUCUAGUGACUAGUAUGCGUGAAAAUCACAGGAGAUCAGUAGUUUCUGAGAUUCUCAAACCGCCCAGGCACCAACCAUCAUUCCACGGUCAAAGUCACUAAGAUCACAUUUUUCCCCAUUUUGACAGUUGAUGUGAACAUUAACUGAAGCUCCAGACCUGUAUCUACAUGAUUGUAUGCAUUGCACUGCUGUCACACAAUUGGCUGAUUAGAUAAUAGCAUGAAUAAGUAGGUGUAAUAAAGUGAAAAUCUACCUAAUAAAGUGCUCGGUGAGUGUAUAAACACCCAGAUGCAGCCUCCCAUCAGCAUGACACAGGGCCUAACCAAUCCCCCGCAAUAACACAAAUGUUGGUACACCAUGCACAAGUGAGAGGGUAUGAAUGGAAAUUGGCAAAUAAUAAAUUCCACACAGAUAUAAAAAUGAUACAUUAUAGUACAGCUUCUGCUUCAAAAGACCAUGUACCAAGCCUCCGAUUUUUCAUGCUGAUCUAAGAAGCCAGCUCAACCUGCCCAAAAAUUUUUUAUCAAGCACCCUCUCCCCUUCUCCCUUUCUCUAACACCCUAUACCUUGGCACCCCUAUAUAUACCUACCUUGAUUUGCCAGCCUUGUACACCAACCCCUUACUGCCCCAAGCAGACCCUCCCACCUGCCACACUGAAAAACAAACAGUUGUUUCAGGCUCUCCACAGACCUCCCCCACAGUUGUCUGUUCAUUGUGAUGGUCCUGAGAAUACUUUCACAUAGGAGUUAUAUUUAUUGGAAUGUGUUCUGAGGGCAGCAUCAGAUGUGAUUGGUUCUAUCAGGUGCCCAAUGAAGAAAGAGAGGAGGUGGGAUCAUUUGCAGUGGGAAGUGUGACAUUGGCUCAGGCGGUAAAUGUCAUGAUCCUGAGUUUUGUUGCUUAGUGUUUUUGUAAUUUAUUAUUUUUCAUUUUCAUGUCUGAUUUUCUGUUUUCAUUUAUUAGUUUUUGCACUCGUCUUCCCCUGUGAUGUCUGAGUCUUAAUGUUUUCUCAGCCUGAGUCAGUUCCCUGUCUGCCUGCUUCACUUUCAGGUUUCGUCAUUUUCCGGUUUCCCACAAUUCCUUCUCAGUCUCAAUUUUCUUUCUUCCUGCUGUGUCUCCAUUUCAUGUUUAUAGAUAGCACUAAUAUACUAAUCCCAACCAAUACAGAAUUUGUACAGUACUAAUUACAUUAACACACUAAUAUGUUCGUCUCACAAACAAAGUAACAUUCACUAGUUUUGGGAUUUAUAGUUUAAUCACGUAGCUAACAUAUUAAUAUUCUCUAUUUCUGCACUGCUCUGUAGCUCCACCUCCCUGUUCUAUCUGUGAUUGUCUGCCUUGAUUCAGCGAAGUGUUCCUACCUGCUCCCCCGUAUCGCUACGUUCCUUAACUCUGUGCAAUUGUCCACUCCCUAGUCUGGAGCCGUUUGUAUUUGAUGUGUGUCUUUGUGAAUCCAGUCCACAUCUUCGUGCAUGCCUCAUUAUUGUAUUAUUGCCCUUUUAUGUGUCUCACCUGAUGUUUAUUAGUUAGACCGCCCUCACUCCCAUGCCCCGUCUAGGUUGUCUCAUUCCCCUGUGUAUUUAUACCUGUCCUUUUCAGCUGCACUUUGCUAGUUUCAUUCUUUUGUACUUUCGCAUAUUUGCACUGAUUACCUGUUUUUUGUACCCAGCCUGCAUUUUCAAUAUGCUCUGUCUGCCCCUUCAUCUGCCUCUAUUAAACCUGCCAUUGUUUCCGUUAGAUCCCUCUGCGCAUGGUUCCUCUGCUCCACCAUUGUGACAGGAAGAGCAGUCGGAGAGUUGCACGUUUGAUCCCGUCCUGGGUCCCUGAGCAACACACCUAAUCCCCAAUUGCUCCUGAUGAGCUGCUGGUGCCUUGCAUGGCAGCCAAUCACCGUUGGUGUGUGAGUGUGUGUAUGAAUGGGUGAAUGAGAAGCAUCAAUUUGGAUAAAGGUGCGAUAUAAAUGCCAACCAUUUACCAAGUGCAAGCCUGGUUUCCCAUUAAGACCUAUGUUAAGUUUGUUCAAUGACUAAUUUUUCCAUUUGGUUACACAAAAUACAUAAGAUAUCACAACAACAGCAAAGGCUCUCCUAUCGUCCUCUCCAACCUCUCAGCUGCCCCAAAAUAAUUUUCACUGACCGAAAGAGUCACUUUGAGUCCUACCUGAUGCCAGCUGUCAGGUCAGCUUGAGUCACCUAUGCACUAUUUAUAGGAGCACAAGGUUCACACCACCGCGUACCACCCCAAACACUUCUCUCUUUGCUUUGUACGAUCGGCCAAGAACGGCUUGUCUGUGUCCAGAGGGCAAAUAUGGUCCCACUCCAGGUACCCCUGGGGUGCUUUCUGCUCCCUCAUCCCCAGUUCCGGCUAUCAUCCACUAGUUCUCUUUCCUUUAGUCCACCUAACCCUGGCACCCACUAUUAAUCCAGAGCCAGCUAGUUAUGAGCCAGAGGAGGGCCUGCACCAAUUGAACUGAAUCCACAAGGGGGGUCUGCAUCAAUUGAACAGGAACCUCAACGGGUGCAGGAGCUAGCUGGGGGCCUUGAGCCACCAGAGGGGGUUGUGCUUAACCCAGAGGAUGGAACAGACAAACCCGAGUUACGCUGCUAUGAGCGGAGCACUCAAGGCAAAAGGCUCAGCUGCUGUCAGGACUGGGUGGUCUGGUUUACCACUAAUAACGGACACCUCGCCUUGCUGUUUAUAAGCCAUGAGGGCCGUUUGUUUUGGUACUCUUUUGUCCCUGUUCUCUCUUUCCCAUCUUCCCCCUGAUAUCACUGCCAGCUUUAUUGAAUUAUCACCAUCAGUUGACUUGAGACUUGAGGAAUGGGUCAGUCUCCCCGCACAAUCUGCCACCCGCCCGAUGCUCCUACCGGUCUGCCAACUGCCACGACCUAGAGAGUUAUUUUCUACCUACUGAUCCUGCAUAAAAGGGAUGAUCCAUUUCCUGGCACUUUGGCUGAGUAAGCGAUCUUGCAGUGUUUUUUCCAAACCGCUGUUUCUUGACCCGCUGUUUGUCUCUGUGUUUCUUUGUCACCGGAAGCGCCUCCCCUACACUGUUCUGUUUACAUGUAUGUGUCUGUUGGGUUGAACAUGUAGGCAAGGGCUUUGGUCAUCUCCCUAGGUUUUUUAUUUUUAUUUCAUCUAUUCUGAGAAGCAUUUGUAAUUUUAAGUUAAGCUUCUGUUCUGUUGAAGCAUUAUCACAUUGACAGUUACCUUUAAGGCUGUAUGGAGCUGCCUGCUCAUUUUUUUGACAUACCUCGCACUGCACAUGUUGACUUGCUAAGGGCUUAAAAGGCAGGUGCUGUAAGUUGUUGAAUGAUGUUGCUGGUGUUACCCCCCUUGUGGUAAUAGAAAACGAUUGAAUCUUUUACCAUCUUGUAACGUCUUUAUUUUAUACACUAAAUUACACGCCGUGGUAUCGAUAAGAGUAUCGAUAAAUACCGGCACCGAUAAGGAGUAUUGGUAUUGGUAUCGGUAUCGAUAAAAUCCUAACGAUACACAUCCCGAGUGUUGACACUUUGCUUGCUUUGUAGUCUCUCUGAAAUUUAACCAUGUGGGUUUGGCCUUGAUGGAAGAAAAACCCAUUGUUAUGUUUUGAACAGUACUGGUGUAAAGAGUAUUUUUGCCUGAAUAAACACAACCCAAAUGUA